AUAUUAAACAGUCCUCGUGUUGCUUUAGUAUUUUAUUCUCUUUUCAUCUUUGUUCUUCCACUCAAUAUAACGUCAUCUCCAGAAUCUGAAGGGGAAGCUCUUGUCGAAUGGAAGAACACUUUAUUACCACUUCGAUACCUCAUUUCUUUGCCCCUAAAAUCUUGGUCCCUAGAAAAUCUCAACAACCUUUGUAACUGGAACGGCAUCACCUGCAAUACUGCAGGAACAGUUUCCAGACUCAACUUUACUGUGCCAAGAAUCUUUUCCUACAAGACGCCAAGCAGAACCGAUCCACCCAUUGGAGAACUGAUGUCUGGUACACUUUCAUCCUUCAAUUUCUCUUCACUUCCAAACCUCAUCUCUUUGGAAAUAAGCAACAACAGACUUUCAGAUAGUAUUCCAGUAGAGAUUGGAAAUCUAACCAAACUUGAGUACUUGAGCUUUGAAAACAACUAUUUCAGUGGUACCAUUCCUUACCAAAUUAGUUGUCUUCAAAAGUUAAGGUAUCUAAACUUGGGAGAAAACUACUUGGUUGAUGCUAACUGGUCCAUGUUCUUCGACAUGCCAUAUUUGACAUCCCUCCUCUUACACUCCAAUCAACUUUCUUCAGAAUUUCCACCUUUUGCAAUCACUUUUAGGAAUUUGACUAGUCUUGAUUUGUCAUCGAAUAAUCUGACAGGCUCCAUACCUGAGUCAGUGUUUACCCAUUUGGCUAAUCUUGAAUUUCUAGAUCUUAGUGGUAAUUUCUUUGAAGGAUCAGUACCCAAAAAUAUUUCCAAGCUUUCCAAGCUAAAAUAUCUGAACCUAGAAUCAAAUAAUUUCUCGGGGUCUAUUCCUUAUAGUAUAGGUCAUCUACAUAAUCUCGAGGUUCUUAAGUUGGGUAUGAAUACAUUUGAAGGAAGUAUCCCUCCUGAGCUUGGAUUGUGUACCAGACUCAAUAUCUUGGAUUUAUCUGAGAAUCUGCUUACUGGGCCUCUGUCCAUGUCCUUUUCAAAUUUAACACAGUUGUCUAAACUAUAUCUAUCCAGGAAUAAUUUCUCGGGAUUUAUUCCUGAUAGUAUUAGUCAUCUACAUAAUCUCGAAUUUCUUAAUUUGGGUUUAAAUAUAUUUGAAGGAAGUAUUCCUCCUGGGAUUGGAUUGUGCACCAAACUCAAUAGCUUGGAUCUAUCUGAGAAUCUGCUUACUGGGCCUCUGUCUUUGUCCUUCUCAAAUUUAACACAGUUGUCUGAACUAUAUCUAUCCGGGAAUCAUCUUUCCGGUGGGCUCUCACCUCAUGUCAUCAGCAACUGGACCGAGCUAAGAAUACUGCGCAUUGCAAACAAUACCUUGGGCGGUAAUAUUCCUCCUGAAAUUGGUAUGUUGACAAAUCUUAACGAACUCGUUAUGUCUAGUAAUAAUCUCACAGGACCCAUUCCGAGAGAGAUUGGAAAGUUGAAAGGGCUUGAGGAGUUAUACCUCACAGGAAACCAUCUAGCAGGUCCAAUUCCAGCAACAACUGGUAACCUCACCAGUUUAUUUUCCUUAUAUUUGGACUCCAAUAAUCUUACUGGAACUAUUCCACCUGAGAUUGGGAACUCAACACAGCUGGAAAUUCUUUAUGCCAACAACAACCAGUUGAACGGAAAAUUGCCUGAUUCCAUUUCCAAUUUAAGUUGCUUGUGGGUACUUUCCUUUAUUCCAACAGGUUUUCUGGUAGCAUUCCAAAGGACUUGGGGAAUUAUACUUAUGAUUCUGGUCGUGGGUUGGGUUAUGUUGAUUUAUCAAAGAACAAGUUCUCUGGAGAAAUUCCUUCAACACUUUGCAAGUCGGUAUUUCUUAGGACUCUUGAUUUGUCAGGUAGCGGCACAAUUCCACACUGUUUGGGAGAUAUUUGGAUGCUCUGUGUAGUGGAUCUUCAUAAAAAUCAACUUCAAGGGAGA